GGGCGCCAUUACGGUGCGAUCAGCUGCGAGGGCUGCAAGGGAUUUUUCAAGCGCUCGAUCCGGAAGCAGCUCGGCUAUCAGUGCCGGGGGUCGAUGAACUGCGAGGUGACGAAGCACCACCGGAACCGCUGCCAGUACUGCCGGCUGCAGAAGUGCCUGGCGUGCGGUAUGCGCAGUGACUCCGUCCAGCAUGAGCGCAAACCGAUCGUCGACAAGAAGGAUGGCCAGUCGGGCCCGAACCCGAACAGCAAGUACAACCCGCACCGGAACAAAGAGUAUCACCACCACCAGCAUCACGGCGAACAGAAAGCAUCAUCGGCAGCGGCGGCUGGUUCCGUGUCGAUGGCAGCGGCAGCGGCGGCCGCAGCGGCCGCACCUUCCUUCCUCUCCUAUCUGCCCGGCUUCAGUUUGGCCGACUUUACGGCCAGCCUGAGCAAACAGGCCGGUGGCAACAACAAAUCACCCUCGUUGGGGCGUGAACCACAGCCACCGUCACAGCAACACGGCACGCAACAGCAGCAACAAGGCGGCCAAUUCGGUGCCGGCCAUCAGCUGUCUGCGCUGGGAUCCGCAGUCGGCACCGGACUGAGCAAUCCGUUCGGCAGUUUGCAAUCACUCAAGACGGAAGUUGGCGCAGAACGGCAGCAGCAGCAGCAACAGCAGGAUCUUUCAACGAGUGCGGCCGAUUCGAUUGCGGCCCUUAUCGGACUGAACACGUCGGCGGCGGCGGCUGCUGCUGCAGCGGCCGCCAUCUCCGGCCAUGUCGGGACGAUGGCUGGGGCGGGUUCCGGCCCGUCUGCGCUUCUCGAUUCCGUCCACGCGGCGGAUGGUUGUGGUGCUGGUGGUGGUGGUGGUGGAGGGCUUGCGAUGCGCAAUCUUUCCGCCAGUACCACCACCUCCUCCGGUGUAUCAUCGGGUGGUGGUGGUGGUGGCGGCGGUGUGUCUGCCGGUCCCUUCUCAGCACACGCCAUGGAUACCAGUGACGCAAGUUCCGUCGACAAAACGCUUAUCUGCAGCUCCCUCGAGUUCAUUCAGAGCCUGGAGCAGGAACUGAACAGCAACCUCAACAACAACUACGGCAUCAAAUCGGAACUCAGCAAUGGGCGCGGUGACGACGAUGACUGUCACGGCGGUGGUUUUGACUUUGGUGAUGGUGGCGUCGGUGGCCUAGUGUUGACCGAAAACUGUGUCCCUUUCGACAUCCAGGUCCCUAACGUGCUGCCCAACUAUCUGGGGGUGCACUACGUGUGCGAAACGGGUUCGCGGGUGCUCUUCGCGACCGUACACUGGAUGAAGAAGAACCAUCUGUUCCAGUUGCUCAGUGAAAGCUUCCAGGGAGAGCUGGUUCGUCAGGUGUGGCCAGAGCUGUUUAUGAUCGGGCUAGCGCAAAGCAGUGGUCAGCUGUCGUUCAACACGAUCAUGCUGGCGCUCAUCCAGUACAUGAAAACCGUUAUCCUGAACAAAAAGUACACCGGUGAAGUGGUCAGCUACCUGAUGAAGUACAUUCUGCUGGUGCAGGAGUUUGUGAACGAUCUGCAGAAGCUCAAUCUUACCGAUCAGGAGUACGCCUAUCUUCGGUUGUUGUCCAUUUUCAACCCCGAUAACAUCCUGCAGGAUAAUGGGAAGAAUCAGCAUCUGCUAAAAAUCCAGGAGAUGAUACUGGGAUCGUUCCGCGAUUACUACCGUGGCAAACACUCGCGGCUUGUGAGUAGCGAAAGUGAGGAAAAUCUGCGAGCCACGGCCAGCGGUGCGGACGACGAGGACGACGACGACGAGUACUACAGCGAGCGCAGCCAACAGCGGCAGCAGCAGCGUAACCUGCGCCAAGCCCAGCACGAGCAGCGACUGAUGAAGCUCUUGCUGAAGCUCCCCACACUUCGGGCACUCAACUCGAAGCGUGACCUGGAGGAUCUGUUCUUCAGCAAUCUGAUCGGUCAAGUUCAGAUCGACAGCGUCCUGACGUAUGUGCUGCAGACCAACGAUGGUGCGGUAUCGUUUGCUCAUUUGGUCCAGAAACAGUUGCACAAUCCCUCCAACAACAACAACAACGGUUCCAUUCCAUCGGCAAUGGACAGUGACGAGUGAAAACCAGUGAUUAA